AAAUAAAAAAAAUUCUUUGGUUUAUAGUUAUUGCACACGCUAUAGGUUGGGAGGCUUGCUCACCCAUUGAUCUCUCUCCAAUUUGAAUCGUACCCAUGGCCAAAAGCGCGUUCAAGAUGGAGCACCCUCUCGAAAGGAGACAAGCAGAAGCUGCUCGCAUAAGAGAGAAGUAUCCUGACAGAAUUCCAGUGGUCGUGGAAAGGGCUGAGAAGAGUGACGUGCCUGAAAUUGACAAGAAAAAAUACCUGGUGCCUGCUGAUCUGACUGUUGGCCAGUUCGUGUAUGUGGUUCGGAAAAGGAUCAAGCUCGGUCCUGAGAAGGCUAUUUUCAUUUUUGUUAAGAAUAUUUUGCCACCCACAGCGGCUAUGCUGUCUGCAAUUUACGAGGAAAAUAAGGAUGAAGACGGUUUCCUUUACAUGACCUACAGUGGGGAGAACACAUUUGGGACAUUCUGAUAACUCAGAACAAUAAAACAAGUUCAAGGAGUUGUAAAUUAUCUUUCUGUCCAGUAGUUUGAUGAUGCACUUGCUGAGACAUGUUCUUGGUUUUGGAUUGAUGACCCUUUAUAUUCUGUAAGUAGAUGACAAUGCGUGCCUUUAUGUGUGUUCGUAAUUAGAUCCCCAAUCACUCGUAA